AUUAUGAGUGGAAAAUAAAUUGGAGAUUAUAUACUUCUUGAAGAAUUAGGAAAGGGAUCUUUUGGUUGUGUAACUUUAUAAUAUUAUUAAUAAUUCAAUAGGUUUAUAAAUGUUAGAACAUCAUUGAUUAAUCAUUUCAUGCAAUCAAAAUUAUUCAAUUUCAAUCUUUAAGUAAUUGUGAAGGAAUGGUUGGAGAAUUAUUAAAGGAUGAGAUAAGUGUACUUGCUAAAAUAGACUCACCUAAUGUUUUGAAAUUAGAACAUUAUUUUUAAUCAAAAACCAAUUGUUAUAUUGUAAUGGAAUAUUGUAAUGGUAAAUAUAUAUUAUUUAAAUAAUAUAUAGGAGGAGAUUUAGAAAGAUACUGGGAGAAAAAUGGAAGAAUAAUAAAGGAACAGAAAGUUAUAGAGAUCAUUAUACAAAUUCUAAAUGGAUUAAGUUAAUUACAUAAAUAGAAUGUUAUACAUAGAGAUAUUAAAUUAGCCAAUAUUUUGAUGCAUGAUGACCUUAUUAAAAUUGCUGAUCUUGGUUUCUGUAAGCAAUUGCAAAAUUAAGUUUAUUUAUAAAAUACUUUAAGGAUAUGGAAGUCAGUUUAUGUUUAGGUACACCAGGUACAAUGGCACCUGAAGUAGCUGGAUUUGAGAGUUAUGGCUUAUAAUCAGAUAUCUUUUCCAUAGGAUGCAUAUUUUAUUAACUUUUAUAUGGUGAGUUACCUUUUGAAUGUUUAAACAUAAAAUCCUAUAUAAAAGCUAUUAAUUAAUGUAAUUAUAUUAAGUAUUUAAUUUAUAGAGAAUAUCAACUUUGAUAAAAAUGAUGUUGUUAUAUAAAAUGAAGUGAAAGAAAUUAUAAGCAAAAUGUUGAAAGUUGAUCCAAAAUAAAGAUUAACAUUUCCUCAAUUAUAUCAAUAUCCUUUAUUUAAAAAUAUUCAAAAAAUGUCUUUAGCAAGUUAAAUUGCAAUCAACAAUAUGAGAAAUUAAGAAACUACAAAUUUUUAUAAUGACAUAUAUAGCAAUAAUUAAGAUAUUCAGAUAUAAUAGGAAGGUAUGACAGCCUUAAGAUCAAAUAGAGAAAGUUUAAGAACUCAAACAGAAAAUUAACAUGAAUAAUUUCAAUAAAUAGGGAAUCUAUAGAAUAUCAAUAAUAAUAAUUAAUAUUUGUAAGAUAAUGUAUCAAAAUUGGCAUUUGAAAUUAUGGCAGCCCAAUAAUUGUGUCCAAAGUAAUAAUCAAUUCAUAAUACAUUAUAAUAAUUAUAAGAAAGUGAAUCAAUAUUUAAAACAGAUAGAUAUUAAAAUAAUUAUAGCUUAAUUGCUAAAACUUAAUAGAAUCAAUUAUUAAUUUAGGAAUUUCGUUUUUUAUUAGAUGCAUUGGAAUAUUGCAAUAGAACAUAUAUUGAAAUUGAUUAAAUUUAAUUUAUAAAUGAAAGCAAAGUAAACUUAAUUUAAUAUUAUAUUAGCCAUUGAUGGGUAAAUUUAUGCUAUAAAAAAGAAUAAGAUGUGAAAGCAAAAAGUAUUUUUAAAUAAAAUAAGAGAAUCCAUCCUAUGAUGAAUUAAAUUAAAUGGAAGAAGUUUUUAAAUAAUAUCUUUUAAAUUAAGUAUUUGAAAAAUUACUUCAUGAGAUGUAUUAUUUUAAGAUAAUAUCUAAUAGCAAAAGUUCUUCUUCACUAUAAAGUGGAUUAAUAUAUGCAUAUUUAAAUGAAUUAAAAGAGGAUGAAACAGGAAUAUUUCACUAAAAUUAUUGGUAAGCAUUAAGUGAAUUACAUGCAUUAAUUAAAUUAGAAAUCAAUAGAGAAACUGAUAAUAAAAAAAAGAAGAUUUUAGUAAUGUUUUUACUUCAUUUAUAAAGAUGUAUGCAUUUUUAAGAUUUGUGUACAUAAAAAAUAGAUUUUGAAGAAGAAUUUUUACAUAUAAAAAAGAAAAAUUUGAUUGAUUUGAUUAAGAGAGUUUAAUAUUGA